GGAAAAGCAGAAGCAGGAGCAAAACAGCGAACGACAUCGCCUCGACAACACCAUCAAUUGUUCGCAUUGCCAAGCAACGUGAUCAUCACUCGCAACCUCGCAAAGUAUCGCCCGCCGAUCGCACAGUCAGUGCACGGACGCGUUUGCGAAAGCUGCUGCCCGCCUGUCAACCGUACAUUUGCAGGAUCCGAACUCAAUUCUUGUUGUUCUCCUCUCGCAGGAAGAGUUACCCGUCUCUCUCUCGCUCUACUCUUGUGUUACGCGCUGCUUCUAGUGUCUAAAGUCUAUUAGGAGGUGCCUAAAGGAUAUCAUCCACCUGAUACGCGGCGUCGACACUUCCACGCUCCACUUCACCUGUUGAAGGAAUAAAUGUCAAAGCUUUAAAACUUUUUUAAAAGGGACCGAGAUAAAGAGAUUGGCAUAAUGGCUAAGAAAUCGUUCUUACGUGAGAACCUGCUGACGAUCCUCACAGUGGUGGGUGUAUUGGGCGGCACGGCCCUGGGUAUUCUCUUGAGGAGCACCACCGGAGGACAAUGGACGAAAAGGGAGACCAUGUACCUGGCCUUCCCCGGCGAGAUUUUCCUCAGGAUGCUCAAAGCCCUCAUCAUUCCCCUGCUGGUAUCGUCGGUGAUCACGGCCAUCGGAGGCUUGGAUCUGAGUUUGUCGAAAAAAAUCGCGAUCAGAUCGAUUUUGUAUUAUUCGGCGACGACGGUAUGUGCGGUCAUACUCGGUAUUGUUCUAGUGAUUACGAUUAGGCCGGGUGUGAAUGGCACAUCGUAUAGUGGCAAGCAGAGUAACGUGAUGACCAGGCAUGUGCUCACCCAGGAUACGUUGUUGGAUUUGAUCAGAAAUUUAUUCCCUCCAAAUCUAAUCCAGGCUUGCAUUGCCCAGGCUCAAACUACAUUGAAGGACCCAGGUAACGGUAGCAAGGAACUGACCAGUUGGGAUUUCGAAGAGAGAUAUGAAAAUACUACAAAUGUGUUGGGUUUGGUGGUGUUCGCCAUUGUUUUCGGAAUUAGUUUGGGCAAACUUGGAGAAAGAGGCAAAGUUUUGCUUCAAUUCUGCGACAGUCUUAGUGAGGCUAUGAUGAUUAUCACUAGUUGGGUAAUUUGGAUCUCUCCUCUUGGUGUCUUCUUUUUGGUUGCUGCCAAAGUAUUGGAAAUUGAAAGUUUUGCUGAAUUGGUAGGAAGAUUAGGCUUGUACUUCGCCACCGUCCUUUUAGGUUUGUUUCUUCACGGAUUUGGUACCUUAUCUAUACUAUACUUCAUCGCGGUCAGAAGGUUACCUUUCAAAGUUAUUGGUCAGUUGAGUCAGGUUUUGGCCACUGCUUUUGGAACAGCAUCAAGUUCUGCUACAAUGCCCAUCACAAUCCAGACCUUGGACAAAAUGGGCUUGGACCCUAGAGUAACAAGAUUCGUAAUUCCUGUAGGAGCAACAAUCAACAUGGACGGUACAGCUUUGUACGAAGCUGUUGCAGCUAUUUUCAUCGCUCAGCUCAAGGGUAUCGAGCUGUCUUUCGGUAGAACGGUCGCAGUAUGCGUGACAGCCACUGCAGCAAGUAUAGGAGCUGCAGGAAUUCCACAGGCCGGCCUUGUCACCAUGGUGAUGGUAUUGGAUACUGUUGGUCUUCCUGCUGAAGAGGUCAUCAAUAUCAUUGCUGUUGAUUGGUUGUUGGACCGAUUUAGGACAACAAUCAACGUGAUGUGCGACUGCUUGGGAGCCCGUUUGGUCGACAUUUUGAGCGUUGGCGAGCUUGGACGAGCUGACGAACAAGACAGACUAAACGCCGAACCCCACGAGCUAGUCGAAAUAUCGAAAGCAGACGACAGCCGCAUGUAAAACUUGAACUAAAGGACUCAAAACCUUAAACAAAUCACAACAAAAAACAAAACAUUCAUCACUUAUAAGUACCUAUAACUGUUAUAAGUUUUUGACCAAGCCAAUCUAUGAGACCAAUUUAUACAUUAAGCUACUAACAAAAUUUUAGCAAAGAAAAUUGGUCUGUAAUUGUUAAUAGUGGAUAGAGAGAUGUCAUUUUUAAAUGUUAAAACAGGAUACUUAAAUCUUGGGAUAGGUUUACCCUAAAGCUUUAAAUUUAAUGGAAAAACUGAACCAAAAUGUAAACUUUCAGUGUAUUUUGAAAACAAUAUAUAUUCUAUAAAAUGUUUUUUAAGAAUUUAGAUUUUGGAUACAACAACCACUAAUGUUUAACUGGAAAUUUUAAAAAGUCUAAAGUUUU